AUGUCGUCUCGAGGUGGGCCUUCCACCCCGCAACCGCCGUUGCAGCGGCGGAUAACGCGGACGCAGACGGUGGGGAAUCUGGGAGAAUCUAUCUUUGAUAGUGAGGUGGUGCCGUCAUCUUUGGUGGAGAUCGCUCCCAUUCUCCGUGUUGCUAAUGAAGUGGAGCCUAGCAAUCCCCGUGUAGCUUAUCUUUGUCGGUUUUAUGCUUUUGAGAAAGCUCAUAGAUUGGAUCCCACUUCUAGUGGACGUGGUGUUCGGCAAUUCAAAACUGCACUUCUACAACGGCUUGAAAGAGAGAAUGAUCCCACCCUAAUGGGAAGGGUUAAGAAGAGUGAUGCAAGGGAAAUGCAGAGUUUUUAUCAACAUUAUUACAAAAAGUAUAUUCAGGCAUUGCAGAAUGCUGCAGAUAAAGCUGAUCGGGCACAGCUCACAAAGGCAUACCAAACAGCUAAUGUACUCUUUGAAGUUUUGAGAGCUGUUAAUCAAACACAAGCUGUGGAAGUGGAUCGAGAGAUUCUGGAAGCACAUGAUAAGGUUGCAGAGAAGACAGAAAUUUAUGUCCCUUAUAAUAUUCUUCCCCUUGACCCUGAUAGUGCCAACCAGGCUAUUAUGAAAUAUCCGGAGAUUCAAGCUGCUGUGCAUGCACUUCGUAAUACAAGAGGCCUUCCAUGGCCUAAAGAUUACAAGAAGAAGAAAGAGGAAGAUAUCCUUGACUGGCUCCAAGCUAUGUUUGGAUUUCAGAAGGACAAUGUGGCCAAUCAAAGGGAGCAUCUCAUCAUGUUACUUGCUAAUGUCCAUAUACGGCAGUUUCCAAAACCUGAUCAACAACCCAAGUUGGAUGAGCGUGCUCUUAAUGAGGUGAUGAAAAAGCUUUUCAAGAACUACAAAAAGUGGUGCAAAUAUCUGGAUCGCAAGAGCAGUCUCUGGUUGCCGACCAUACAACAAGAAGUUCAACAGCGUAAAUUGCUCUAUAUGGGAUUGUAUCUUCUUAUUUGGGGUGAAGCUGCAAACUUAAGAUUCAUGCCAGAGUGUCUUUGCUACAUUUAUCACCAUAUGGCCUUUGAACUUUAUGGUAUGCUUGCGGGCAAUGUCAGUCCCACGACAGGGGAAAAUGUAAAACCAGCUUAUGGAGGAGAGGAAGAAGCUUUCCUACAAAAAGUUGUAACUCCUAUUUAUGAAGUGAUAGCACGGGAGGCUGCAAGGAGCAAAAGGGGGAAAUCCAAACAUUCCCAGUGGAGGAACUAUGAUGAUCUGAAUGAAUACUUCUGGUCAGUGGAUUGCUUUCGGUUGGGCUGGCCUAUGCGUGCAGACGCUGAUUUUUUUUGCAAGCCUGUGGAACCGAGACGGUUUGAAAAAGAUGAGGAGAAUGACAAGCCCGCCAGAGAUCGAUGGGUUGGGAAAGUCAAUUUUGUCGAGAUACGAUCAUUUUGGCACAUUUUCAGAAGUUUUGACAGGAUGUGGAGUUUCUUCAUCUUGUGCUUACAGGCCAUGAUUAUCCUUGCUUGGAAUGGUUCGGGGGAACCUAGUCAGAUUUUUGAUCCUCAAGUCUUCAAAAAAGUUCUGAGUAUCUUUAUCACUGCUGCGGUACUGAAGCUUGGUCAAGCUUCACUUGACGUAAUUCUAAGUUUCAAAGCAAGGAAUAGCAUGUCACUCUAUGUCAAGCUACGUUAUAUUCUAAAGGUUGUAUCUGCUGCUGCAUGGGUGAUUAUUCUGCCAGUUACUUACGCUUACACUUGGGAGAAUCCUCCUGGAUUCGCCCAAACCAUUAAACGAUGGUUCGGCAAUAGCUCAAGUUCACCGACACUUUUUAUCUUGGCGGUUGUUGUUUACUUGUCGCCAAAUAUGCUUGCUGCCUUGCUGUUUCUUUUCCCCUUUGUACGUCGAUUUCUUGAGAGAUCAAACUACAGAAUUGUGAUGCUCAUGAUGUGGUGGUCGCAGCCUCGGCUUUAUGUUGGUAGGGGAAUGCAUGAGAGUGCAUUUUCUCUUUUCAAGUAUACCAUGUUCUGGGUUCUUUUGCUAGCUACUAAAUUGGCUUUCAGUUAUUACAUUGAGAUCAAGCCUCUGGUGGGUCCUACACAGGCCAUUAUGAGCGUUCACAUUCACACAUAUCAAUGGCACGAAUUUUUUCCCAAUGCAAGUAGCAAUAUAGGUGUUGUAAUUGCACUUUGGGCUCCAAUUAUUCUGGUAUAUUUCAUGGAUACCCAAAUCUGGUAUGCCAUCUUCUCGACAUUAUUUGGAGGCGUUUAUGGCGCAUUCAGGCGUUUGGGAGAGAUUAGAACUUUGGGGAUGUUGAGGUCGAGAUUUCAGUCCCUUCCUGGAGCAUUUAAUGCCUGUUUAAUACCAGAGGAGAAGAAUGAGCCUGUGAAAAAGAAAGGACUGAAGGCCACACUGUCUCGCAACUUUGCGGAGAUCCUUCCCAGUUUAGAGAAAGAAGCUGCAAGAUUUGCUCAGCUAUGGAACAAAAUAAUCACUAGUUUCAGGGAGGAAGAUCUCAUAAGCAAUAGGGAGAUGGAUCUUUUGCUUGUUCCAUAUUGGGCUGACCGUGAGUUGGAUGUCAUACAGUGGCCUCCUUUUUUACUUGCUAGCAAGAUUCCGAUAGCAGUUGAUAUGGCUAAAGAUAGCAAUGGCAAGGAUCGUGAACUGAAAAAGAGGAUUUCUGCUGAUAAUUACAUGUCUUGUGCUGUUAGUGAGUGCUACAAGUCAUUUCGAAACAUAAUAAUGUUUCUGGUCCGAGGUGACCGAGAAAAGGAGGUUAUUGAGUUUAUAUUUUUGGAAGUUGACAAGCAUAUUGAAGCUGGUGAUAUUGCGAAUGAAUAUAAACUGAGUGCUCUCCCUAGCCUUUAUGACCUCUUUAUCAAGCUUAUCAAGUUCUUGCUUGAGAAUAAGCAGGAAGAUAGGGAUCAAGUUGUGAUUCUUUUCCAAGAUAUGCUAGAAGUUGUGACACGAGAUAUAAUGAUGGAGGACCAUAUAUCCAGCUUGGUGGAUUCUAUCCAUGGGAAUUCAGGACAUGAAGGAAUGAUUCCCCUGGAUCAACAGUAUCAAUUAUUUGCCUCUGCCGGAGCCAUCAAAUUUCCAACUCCUGAAACAGAAGCUUGGAAAGAGAAGAUCAAGCGGUUAUAUUUGCUUCUUACAGUGAAGGAGUCAGCUAUGGAUGUACCAUCCAACUUAGAAGCUAGAAGGCGUAUUUCCUUCUUCUCUAAUUCACUAUUCAUGGACAUGCCUUUAGCACCUAAAGUCCGCAAUAUGCUUUCAUUUUCUGUUUUAACUCCUUACUACACAGAGGAGGUGCUGUUUUCAUUGCACGAUCUGGAAGUGCCGAAUGAAGAUGGGGUUUCUAUCCUGUUUUACCUGCAAAAAAUCUUUCCAGACGAGUGGACCAAUUUCCUUGAAAGAGUAAAAUGCAACAAUGAGGAAGAACUUAGAGGUUCCGAUGAAUUAGAGGAACAGAUGCGACUUUGGGCUUCAUACAGAGGCCAGACAUUAACCAAAACUGUUCGAGGCAUGAUGUACUAUCGGAAAGCCCUUGAACUUCAAGCAUUCCUAGAUAUGGCCAAGGAUGAAGAUUUGAUGGAAGGAUACAAGGCUAUUGAGUUAAAUGAGGAUCAGAUGAAGGGAGAGCGUUCACUUUGGACGCAAUGUCAAGCAGUGGCUGACAUGAAGUUCACAUACGUCGUUUCUUGCCAACUAUAUGGGAUUCACAAAAGAUCUGGCGAUCCUCGUGCUCAGGAUAUUUUGAGACUGAUGAUCACGUACCCAUCACUUCGGGUGGCAUAUAUUGAUGAAGUCGAAGAACCAAGUAAAGAUAGGUCUAAGAAAGUCAAUCAGAAGGUCUACUAUUCCACUCUUGUCAAGGCCGCUAUGCCAAAAUCAAAUUCUUCAGAUCCAGGACAAAAUUUGGACCAGAUAAUUUAUCGGAUAAAACUUCCAGGACCUGCCAUCUUGGGUGAAGGAAAACCUGAAAACCAGAAUCAUGCCAUUAUCUUCACUCGUGGAGAAGGUUUACAAACAAUAGAUAUGAAUCAGGACAAUUACAUGGAAGAAGCAUUAAAGAUGAGGAACUUGCUUCAAGAAUUUCUUAAAAGGCAUGAUGGUGUCCGAUAUCCUUCAAUUCUUGGGUUGAGGGAGCACAUAUUCACCGGAAGUGUUUCAUCUCUUGCUUGGUUUAUGUCUAACCAAGAAACUAGUUUUGUGACAAUUGGUCAAAGAUUGUUGGCUAACCCUCUGAAGGUUCGGUUUCAUUAUGGUCAUCCGGAUGUUUUUGAUAGAUUAUUCCACCUCACUAGAGGUGGAGUUAGUAAAGCUUCAAAGAUCAUCAACCUCAGUGAAGACAUCUUUGCUGGUUUUAAUUCUACCCUUCGGGAAGGCAAUGUGACUCACCAUGAGUACAUACAAGUUGGGAAAGGAAGAGAUGUUGGUCUUAAUCAGAUUUCUCUUUUCGAAGCUAAAAUUGCUAAUGGAAAUGGCGAGCAAACGCUGAGCCGUGAUCUGUACAGGCUUGGACAUCGUUUUGAUUUCUUCCGAAUGUUAUCUUGCUAUUUCACAACCAUUGGAUUCUACUUCAGUACUCUGAUAACUGUCCUCACAGUGUAUGUAUUCCUCUAUGGACGUCUUUAUCUGGUUCUUAGUGGACUUGAAGAAGGAUUAAAUAACCAACCAGCUAUUAGAGACAACAAGCCUCUUCAAGUGGCUCUUGCUUCUCAAUCUUUUGUGCAAAUUGGAGUCCUGAUGGCCUUACCUAUGAUGAUGGAAAUAGGUCUUGAAAGGGGCUUUCGAACAGCACUUAGUGACUUUGUACUGAUGCAGUUGCAGUUGGCACCAGUUUUCUUCACUUUUUCCCUUGGAACUAAGACUCACUACUAUGGAAGAACCUUGCUUCAUGGCGGAGCAAUGUACCGAGCCACAGGCCGUGGAUUUGUCGUGUUUCAUGCCAAAUUUGCAGAUAAUUACCGGCUCUAUUCUCGUAGUCACUUUGUCAAGGGGCUUGAGCUCAUGAUAUUGCUCGUUGUGUAUGAAAUUUUUGGUCAGUCUUAUAGAAGUCCUCUUGCCUACAUCUUGAUCACUGUGUCCAUGUGGUUUAUGGUGGGCACUUGGCUUUUUGCUCCAUUUCUAUUCAAUCCGUCUGGAUUUGAGUGGCAAAAGAUUGUUGAUGACUGGACGGAUUGGAACAAGUGGAUCAGUAACACGGGAGGUAUUGGUGUUCCUCCUGAAAAAAGUUGGGAAUCUUGGUGGGAAGAGGAGCAAGAGCAUCUUCGUCAUACUGGCUUACGUGGUACAAUUGCAGAGAUUUUGCUGUCUUUGCGAUUUUUUAUCUACCAGUAUGGGCUUGUGUACCACCUGAACAUGAUAAAGACGAAGACACCUGACAGAAGUUUUCUGGUUUAUGGCAUAUCAUGGUUGGUAAUCUUACUUGUUCUGUUUGUGAUGAAGACAAUCUCUGUUGGUAGGCGAAAGUUCAGCGCAAAUUUUCAGCUCAUGUUCCGACUUAUCAAGGGAAUGAUCUUUAUCACAUUUGUCUCUAUUGUGGUAACAUUGAUGGCCGUGCUUCACAUGACACCACAAGACAUUGUCGUCUGCAUUCUUGCCUUCAUGCCCACUGGUUGGGGCUUACUUCAGAUUGCGCAAGCUUGCAAGCCUCUGGUACACAGAGCAGGAUUCUGGGGAUCAGUGCGGACGCUUGCGCGUGGCUAUGAAAUCGUCAUGGGUCUGCUUCUGUUCACCCCAGUCGCAUUUCUCGCCUGGUUCCCAUUCGUUUCGGAAUUCCAAACUCGAAUGUUGUUCAACCAAGCAUUCAGUAGAGGUCUUCAGAUAUCUCGUAUUCUUGGUGGACACAGGAAAGAUCGGUCAUCCCGCAACAAGGAGUAG